AUGAAGUACGGCGAGACGUUGAGGCAGCGCUCAAUUCCUGCUUGGAGCCAUCACAACAUUGAUUACGACGAUAUCAAGCACUUCAUCAAAGAAAACACCACCCCGGGCAAAGGCAAGAGCGUGUCGGUGCCCGGAAAAGGCGACGAUAAGCUCGAGCAUUUCGAGCAUGCCCUCUUUCACAUCUUGGCCGACCAGCACCAUCGCAUAGACCUGUUUGCAAGAAGCAAAUCGGGCGAGAUCCAACGACGACUCGAUCAUGCCAAAAAGCAGCUCCGAUCACUUGCAGCACGGCGGACACUCAAUGCCGACAGCAGAAUUCCCGUCAGUCGUCUGGAGCGGUAUGGACGAUUGGAGAACGAUGUUAUCAAGGCCGGAGACGAGAUUAAGUCUCUCGCGCGAUUUACAGCCACGCAAAGGACUGCUUUCCGAAAGCUGAUCAAGAAAUACAAGAAAUGGACCGGAUCGGCAGAACUCGAAGACCGCUUCCGCGACGAAGUGCUGGACGACCCGAAAAGCUUCACGAAGCUCGACCUUGGGCCGCUGCUGGACGAUUACUCAGCUACACGACAGAGCAUAAGAGAUCUGUAUGAGAGCCAGAUGCAACAGUCAGCAGGUGGACGAUCAUCUGAAGCACAGGUCCCAGAGGCUAGCACUUCUGCGAUCAAGCAGUUGCAAGAGACGGUAGAAAGUGGAUCGAAAGUGACUUUCGACGCCAACAUUGCAACUGUGCCAUUGGGUGACGCUGGCCAAUUCGCCAGCUACUUUGUGCAUCCCGAGAAUGUUGUAGAGCUGCAGAUGCUCUUGCUACAAUAUGCCAGGUUCUACAGCAGCCGAAGCCGGCAGAGCUCCGUCGCUACGCCCGUGACAUCGCAACCGCAUACUCCCAACACUGGCCGGAUCGACUUUGCGGACUAUCACAUGCUCGCCGCCGAUAAUCUCCAACGAUUCGCACAAGAACAGAGUGCGCUCACAGUCGACGAUCGAGAACACGCCCCCGGCAGCUACCCGCAAAGAGCAAAAGCGUGUGUGAGAUGGAACCACACCGAGGAUGCGCUUGCGUGCCUUCGCUGUAGGAAUGGAAGGACAAAGAGCGCAUAUAUAAAGAAGAAGCACGUGCGAGACUUCUUUGACAAGAAUGCCGACUUUUCUCAGACGCGUGGAGUGGCUCUUGCGGAUAGCAGUGAGAGGGUGGAAGAGCUGCGUAAGGAAUUGCUGAAGGAUGACAUCCUGCCGCUGUUCCACUUCUCCAGUUGUCGCUCACGCCUAGUCGGUCUCGAUGAGAGUGCGGAUGGCUUAGUGCUGGCAACAUUAGAUACUGGCAUCACAAUCGAAACAGCUGGGUCAGAAGGAAGCAAGCCGACUGAAACCACAUUUCCGUUUGCGCUCCUCCUGGUGCGGCAGGAAGGAAUACCAAAGUCAGAAUUACUCGCUGCUCUGGAUAACAGCCACCUGGUCGAAAGAGUUCGUGGCUUUUCCUUGGAGUAUCAUGCUAUCUGGCAGACGCAUAAACCAAGCAAUAUUCCUGCUCCAUUUUGGCUUCCAAUGCUUUCACAAGACAUCCGAAAGUUGCCACCCCCAGCCAUGAAACGAGCAAGCACUGCAGGCGAUGUGAGAGCUUCCGGCUCGCAUUCGGCAGACUCAAAUGAAUCUAUAAGAGCAGGCACAGAUAGUUCAACAGCAGUCGACACAUCUAUCGAGAGCCCAUUACAGCUCGAAUCGGCACCUUUAAAGUCGCUCCGGAAGAAGAAAAGACGAAUAUAUCCAGAGGCAGAAUCACCAAAGCAGAAAUAUUGGAGCGAAUACGACAAUCCUGAGGACGAAGACCAGAACGGCUUUUACAUAUACGUGGAUCCCAACGAGACAAAUGCCUUUGACCGCUUCUUCGACAGAAUAGGAAACUUCUUCACUCGCCAAAAGAAACCCGAGGAAGAAGCGUUGCUAUACGACGCCGCAUCUCCCAAAGAAGACGAAGAAUCCUCGGAUGAAGAACCAGACGGCCAAGUCACUCGACUCUCCAAGCCCACAACUUCUUUCGGCACAUUCGCAAGACCUGCCUCGAACAGAACGAGCGGUAGUCGGCGAGAAGAAACUCCCGCCUUCUUCCUCCCCCAAUUCAGCUCAAUCUGUCUCGCAGCCUCUCUAUCUCUCCUCUUCGUGGCAUAUAUCCUGCACCAAACAGGACGACAUAAGUACCUACAAGAAGUCCAUAUCGGAGUCUUCUUCUCCAUUCUCUGCAGUCUGGGCUUCGUCCUUUUGGGUUUUAUGAAUGUGAUUAGAAGUGGGAGUCGAAGAGGGAAACCAAUAUCUUAUGCGGCUUGGGCGAUCAGUAUUUUUGUUUUGAUUGUGGAUGCGGUUGGGUCUGGGGGGUUGGUGGCGUGGAUGUUAGGGUGAAGAAGGAGAGAGGGAGAGGGAGAGGGAGAGAGAGUUGUUUUUAAUGUCUAAGGCAGGAAUGGUGAGGGAAAUGGUACAUGAGGAGGGUGCAUCUGGGUGGUUAGCAAGCGUCUAUAUUUGUGAAGUUUCGUGAUUAGCGAGUUUUCGUUAAAGAG